AUGGAGAGUACCAAAAUUGAGGGACAACAAGAAACUGUUAUGUACUCGCAACUUCAACCAUGGACUACGGUGGGUGUUCUACCAUGUAUGGAACAAAUUAUUGGUCCACCGAUUCCAGUAAGAGUUGGAGAAUUUCAUAAAACUCCAAAACCACAUCCAUGGCGUCCUACUUUAGGAUAUGAAAUCGUAGAAACAUCUCCGCUACCUGCACAACCUAUGACAAAUUUACUUGCUAAUACCUGUUAUAUGCCAAAAGGAAUGACUACGGAACCGUUACGAUUUCCUAAUCUGGUAACUGGUUUCGAUAGAAAUCCUGCACACGCCGCACGAGCUGCACUUUUUACAAGAUAUGGUCCAUACGAAUGGGUGGAGAAUCAGCUAAAACUUUAUAAUGAAUCUGAUAGCAACAGAAAUUUCUCUGAAAAUUUAAGAGCGGAUACUGUUCGAAUGAUGCGAGAGGCCGAUGAGAAAGUACAGAACGGCCAAACUGAAAGCGGUCGUAAAUUGGGAGAAAGAAUUACGGAUACUACUUUUUGGAGGAAUGAAGUGGCUUCAGAACUGGAAAGAUUAAUAAUAGAAAAUACAAGAAUGCAAGAGUGCCGUCGAAACUUACAAACAACGAUACAAAGUUUAGAGGGUCAACUGCACAUAGCGCAGGAAUGUUUAUAUUAUCGUGAAGCUAGGACAGGUUCUGAUUUGGUACAUGACCAAGCUGAGCACGUUCUUUUAAAAGAGGUUGAGGUAGUCAGAAAUUGUCAAAAUAAGUUAGAACACUUUACGGACAAAUGUGUUAAUCAGCUUACAAACAGUAGAGCAGUACAAAAUCAGUUAGAAAUUGAUAUAAAAAAUAAAGAAACUGCACUUGGAAUUGAUGUUACUUGUCACCAAAUGAAUAAUUUCAGUCGUGGAUUAAAAUAUUACGGUGGUAUUGAAAAAUAUGAUCCAAGUGUUACAGAAGCCGAAUCAUGGGCUGAAGUUUCCAAUAAUGUAGUAAAAAAAUCACAAAAAGAACGGGAGAAAUCUAAUCAAUUACGAAGCGAUAUAGAAGUCGCGAUAGAUGCAGUUGGUCAUGAGAUGUGGGAAGCAUGGGGAAAUGCAAAUAAUGCAUUAGCCAGGAGAGCUGCAGAAAUGCUUGAAGCAAAAGAAAAAUUACAAAUACAUUUACAUAAAAUCCAACAAGAAAUUUUUGCAAUUGAAAAAAAUCUACAAUUAAUGCAAAAAGCCAUCACAGAUAAAAGUUCUGCUCUUAAAGUCGCACACACUCGAUUAGAAAGCAGAAUACAUCGACCAGCUGCAGAAUUAUGUAAAGAUCAUGCUCAACUUAGGAUGAUUGAGGAAGUAGAAACAAUAAAUACAAUGAUACAUGAUAUGAAUUUAAAAUUACAAAGAUUUGAAGCACAACAUCAACAACUUUUACGCACUAGGUCUAAUUUAGAAAGUGAUUUAAAAUCCAAAGUUGAUUCAUUAUUUAUUGAUAGGGAAAAGUGUAUGGGCAUGCGAAGAAGUUAUCCGAUUGCAUCAGUUAUAAAGUUUUGAAUCAUAUAUGCAACACGUUUCUAAUUGUAAAUAUAUAAAAAACAAUGUCAUUUAUUUGUUCUGUUUAUUCUUUUUUAUAAUAUCAUACAUAAAAAACUUAUUUUAUCGUUCGACUGUUUUGUAAAAGUGUAAUAAAAAUAGCUUUUUACUCUUUUAAGUAUGUUUCUGUUUUUAACAAUAACAAAAAAGUUAUUAACACUGAAUUUAAUAGUACGUAAGAUUACUUUAUUAACGAAAUAAAUCUAAUAUGUUUAAUAUAUUGUAAUAUCACAUUAGCCAUUCUGCUAUUGUAUUCUUACAUACAGUUAAUGACCCAAAUCUAAACUUUCUGUAUUUCUGCUAUGAAUUUUAGAACUAUUCAUGCAGAGCAAUAAAUAUUUAAUCUACAUAUUUUAAUGUAUAAAGAGAUUAACACGUUUGCUGUCAGUAUCAUAUAUGUAUGUGUUAAUUUAGAUAUAAUCUUAAUGUGUGAGAUAAAUAUUAGGUUGUCUGAAAAGUUUCUUUCGUUUUAUAAGGAAAUAAUAGAUGCACAAUGUUUUUUGUUUUAUAUUAGUUUAUUGAAUUAUUCACAAACAUAAUAGAAAUAGAACGAAAUGGAUCAUACCUAAUUCAAUAAAAUAAUAUAAAACAGAAAUUGUUACUCAUCUAUUAUCACCUUAUGAAACGAAAGAAACUUUUCGGAAAACCUAAUAGAUAUAUUAUAUUUAGCAUGCUUGGAUGAAAAAAAUCGCAAUUAUUGACCAGUGAUGGAUGUUUUGUUCUAAUGCACUAUAGUAACAAACGUGUUAGGUGAUACUUCUUAUUUGUAAACCACUAUUUACAAAGUUUUUCAUAUCAAGUUAUU